AUGGACGAGAUCUGGAAGUAUGCUGAAGAAUUCGAUGGUCGCGUCACAAUCACCGAUGUCAAACCUCCGGUCUACUGGACAAACAAUUUCGACAAAAUGGGUGGUGAGGGGAUAUGGAAUCCCAAUGACAUAGUCGCCAUGGAUCUCGCAACCCGUCAUUUGAAUCAUUUCCUGUCCUCAAUUGUGAUCUAUUCCUGGUGA